AUGACUCAACAUCUCCCUCCAGACAGCAAGGAGUACCUACUAAAAAGAGUGAGAGAGCUGGAAUCAGCUUUACAAAAAGCUAUGACACUUAUCAAUAGCCUCCAGUCUCAUUCACCUGUAAAUUGUUCCUUUUUGGGGCAAAUUUGCAGCAUAUCAUCAGGUAUUAAGAACACUAAGGCUAGCUCUCACAUUUAUAAUAAGAUCAAUAACAAGUCCCAAACCAAGUCCUAUAGAGACGCAGUCGCGUUGUUUCCCCCCAAAACGACAUCCCCUGUACCUAAGCCUCCCACAAUCCCAAAAAAACAACGCAACAUGAAUCACAAACGCCCUCGUACUCUCAACUACAACCACAGCAUUAGCCUUUACUUUGAUCAUGACGUCACUGAAAGUGAUCUCAAUGAUAUCAUCAAUGUUACUGAAUCUCGUGCUAAAGUCAUGGUACCCUCUAAUAGACGUAAUGUCAUUCAGGUCUUCACCGACAAUCUAGAAGACUACGAAACAUGCUUUGACACCUUACAUGAAGACAUUUAUCAAAAACGCUUUGAUUGCAUCCUCAGUCCAUCUAAUUUUCAGGCAUCGGAACAUACCUUGAUGUGCUACACUACCAACAAGGCUAAACACUAUAAAACCAUCACAAGCCUUCUCGACUUGAUUUUCCACCAAGGUAUUACUUACGACCAGUUCAACACUACCUUUAAGGAUAAACAAUACAAGCUAAGAAUCUCACUUGAUAACGAAGAGGACAAGAUUGCUGCUAUGAAACUCCCUGGAUUUGAAGAGUUCAGAUCUCUCGAACAGAUUCGAAACGAAAUGCCAGACACCUUGGCUGAAUGUAACUUUGGACCUAACUUUUCCGAAGGUGUUAUCAAAACUGGUGUUCAACAACUUGCAAAACGUGCCAACGUCAUCAUUCAAGAUGACAUGAUGCAAAUUGUUAAGCAAACCAACCAAAGAAUUGGUACUUCUUUCUACAUUUGUAAAGUCAAACUGGCCUCCAAACAAGAUCUCCGUCGUUUCAUUAAUACUGAAUGUGCGUUCAAAACCAAGAAUGGCCAUCCUAUUGCCAAGCGUUUCAUCUCAUCCAUUGACUACAUUUCUGCCAAAAUCGAAAGAAACGCUUCAAUGAUGUUACUCUCGGCCUUAGCUUUGAAAUCAAAAUCCUCUUUCCUAUUGGUGAAUUUGGAUAUUGAAGGAGCCUACGACGCCUUCGAAAUGUCUGUCAUCAGAAUGGCUCUCCAACAUUGCAAGUUUCCACCCGAUUUGAUUGACUUCAUUAUCAACUCAUACUCCAAUCACUCUCUUCAACUUGAAAUUAAUGAUCACCUCUCAUAA